CCUGCGAAACAAAGGAACGUAGUUUCUUCGGGUAACUUUAAUCGAAUGCCAGUGAGGCGAAAUAAAAAAGCGAUCCGUCGUCUCGUUCGGAAUUUGUUUGGGCCGCUCUGUGCGAGGCGAAUUUAACGAUAAUCGAUAGCGGGUUUGCUCACAUCGACGACGAAAUUUCCCAUUCGCAUUUGGCCAGAACUACAGACGGGUUUUAUUGCAACAACGACGCAAAUACGACCGCUUGCCAAACGUGCGUGACAUAUACGCGCGAUGCACAUGCAGUUACGUUGUCGUUUAGAGGCAAACGAACCCUUUAACUUUGAUCCCUGCGUCCUGCGAUCCCCGGAAAUUUCGCUAGAUAUCAGGUAUACGCGUAACGGCCUUCGCAUCGUUCGAGAUGUUCCAUUGCUGAUCGGCUGUUACACGCAACCGCAGCCAUGACGAAAAACGAGAAGGACGCCCUGGAUUUUGUCGCCAGCGUGGGUGUGUACGACAACGAUGGGGCCCAAAAAGCCACCCCCAUGCACGUGGAAAGGCCUAUCUAUCAAAUAGAAGAGUUAAAUCGGGACACACUGUACGAAAGGCCGUACUCCACGCUGAAAAGCAAAUGCACGAGGGUGUUUUCCUCCAUCAGCCCCCUCAACUGUCUUUUUCAAGUUUUACCAUUGUUGCAAUGGCUACCCGGGUACAACUGGAAGAGGAGCUUCUUGUCGGAUAUUAUAAGCGGCAUCACGGUCGCCAUCAUGCACAUACCACAGGGUAUCGCGUACGGCUUGCUCGGCGGCGUGCCGCCCAUUUUCGGUAUUUACAUGGCCUUCUUCCCCGUGCUGGUGUACUUCGUAUUUGGCACAUCGAGGCACGUUUCCAUCGGUACCUUCGCCGUUGUCUGCCUGAUGACCGGCAAGGUGGUGAGCGACCACGCGUCCGUGGAAAUUCUGCCCAACGGUACCGCCAGGGCGUUGGACUCCAACUCGCACCCGGGUCAUUCAUACACCAACGUCGAAGUCGCCAUCACGGUCACCUUCGCCGUGGCCGUUAUCCAGUUGGCGAUGUACGUUUUAAGACUGGGCGUGGUUUCCACCCUGCUGUCCGACACUCUGGUUAACGCUUUCACUUGCGCCUCCGCCUUCCACGUCGCGUCGUCCCAGCUGAAGGACCUGCUCGGCCUCCAUAUCGGCAAAAGGAGAGGCAACUUCGCCUUCGUUUACACCAUUUACGACGCCGUGUUGGCUCUUCCAGGCGGCAACAGGACGGCCAUCAUCAUAUCGCCGAUCGCCUGUGUCUUACUCACGCUCAACAACGAAUAUUUCAAGCCUUGGUUGGCGAAAAAGACGAAACUGCCGUUCCCUGUAGAACUGGUGGCGGUGGUCGUCGGCACGGCGGUGACUUAUUUCGGCGAUUUUCACCACACCAAGAACGUCAGCGUCGUGGGCUACAUCCCUACUGGUCUGCCGGAACCCACUUUGCCGGCGUUCGGCCUGAUACCGGACAUCUGGGUGGACUGCGUGGUCAUCACCAUGGUCUCCUAUACCAUCACCAUGUCGAUGGCCCUGAUAUUCGCGCGCAAGCUUAUGUACGAGGUCGAUUCCAAUCAAGAGUUGCUCGCUUUGGGUUUGAGCAACGCUGUGGGUUCGGUGUUCUCGUGUAUGCCGGUGACGGCCUCGCUCUCCAGGUCUAUGAUCCAGCAGACGGUGGGCGGGGUCACGCAGUUCGCUUCCGUCGUAUCCGCCGGUCUCUUGUUGAUCGUCUUGCUAUGGGUGGGGCCGGUGUUCGAGACUUUGCCUAGGUGCGUGCUGGCGAGCAUCAUCGUGGUGGCCCUCAAGGGCAUGCUGAUGCAGUUCAAAUCGGCGAGGCAGUACUGGCGGUUAAGCAAAUGGGACGGCCUUGUCUGGGCCGUCACGUUCGGAGUGACCCUCUUCAUCCAGAUUAGCUACGGGCUGGCCGCGGGCGUAGCCAUAUCCUUCGUGAGCAUCUUUUGUCAGGGCUACAAGCCCUACACCUGUUUGCUUGGCGCGGUGCCCAACACCGACCUCUACCUCGACAUCAAACGUUACAAGGCGGCCCAAGAGAUCGCCGGUCUCAAGAUAUUCCACUAUUCGGGAGGACUCAGUUUCGCCUCGCGGGACUCCUUCAGGGACCUUUUCGUGCGCAAGGUCGGACUCGAUCCUCAGGCGAUACUGAGGAAACGCGCGAAGUUGAUGGAAAGGGGUAUGUCGGAUGACCACGUCUUCGACGACUUGGUCGAGAGGGGGGUGGUGCUAGAUUUUUCGGCGUUGACCUUCUUGGACCCCUCGGGGGUGGAAUUUCUGCGUCAGUUGCAGACCGACCUGGCCAAACUGGGAAUCACUCUGUACAUUGCGGGCUGUUCCGGUCCUGUUUACGAGGUUAUGAUAAACUGUGAUAAGUGGGAGAGAAAGGAGAGCAAAUUUGCCAUUUUUCCCACCGUCCAUGACGCGGUGCUCUACGCUCAAACGAACCUUCUGAGCGACAAGGACGUUUAGGUGACGUCACUUCCGAGAAAUCGCCUACUUAAGAAAAUAGUCACGUAGACCAAUUAUUUUUCUACCGCAGUAUUAA